AUGCCAGGGUCUCGUGGUAGCAGCGAGGAGACAGACCAGCAGGAAUCCCUUCACAAGUUGCUAACGUCAGGGGGGCUGAGUGAGGAGAACUUCAGACAGCACUUUGUUCAUCUCAAAGCCAACGUCAUAGAGGCCAUCAAUGAACUCCUCACAGAGCUAGAGGGCACCACAGACAACAUCGCCAUGCAGGCCCUGGAGCACAUCCACUCCAACGAGGUCAUCAUGACUGUCGGCCGCUCACGCACCGUCGAGGCCUUCCUCAAAGACGCAGCGAGGAAACGCAAGUUCCACGUCAUCGUGGCCGAGUGUGCCCCCUUCUGCCAGGGUCAUGAAAUGGCUACUAAUCUCUCCAAAGCCAGCAUCGAGACCACUGUCAUAGCCGACGCCGCCAUAUUCGCAGUGAUGUCCCGAGUGAAUAAGGUCAUCAUCGGAACACAGACGGUUCUGGCCAAUGGCGGGCUCCGGGCGGUCAACGGAACCCACACUGUAGCUCUAGCAGCCAGGCACCACUCGACUCCGCUCAUCGUCUGCGCUCCCAUGUUCAAGCUCUCUCCUCAGUUUCCCAAUGAAGAGGACACUUUCCAUAAGUUUGUCUCCCCACACGAGGUGCUUCCUUCACAGAAGGAGAGAUUCUAUCCAAGGAGAGAUUCUAUCCAAGGAGAGAUUCUAUCCAAGGUGAACGUGCACUGUCCCGUGUUCAACAUGAGAGAUUCUAUCCAAGGAGAGAUUCUAUCCAAGGUGAACGUGCACUGCCCCGUGUUCAACAUGUGA